AUGUAUUCUUUGAACAUAAAAAUUGCGCUUAUGAUUUUAAUUGUGUACAUCUUGAUCAAAACUUCAGAAGCCCUGCCACAAGUCGGAAACAAAGACAUAAAACGUGCUGACGAUAAUGAGUUUUAUUCGAUCGAAGAAAUUUGCAAAGAUUAUAGAUUCGAGUAUCCACCAUCCAAACACGGAAAGCACGCAAAGCAUGAAGUAACACGAAUCAAGAAUGGGUCCGCAAUCGAUUGUAUUUGGUCUGCGGGAAUGUCAUCACGAAUUAUAAACAUCACCGAUUGUGAAUUGUUCACUACUGAUGGACUUAUAAAAGUUUUAUGGCAAGCCGGUAUUACACUUGGUGUAGAUAAUAAAGCACGUGCUGUAGUAAAAUUUGAAGUUCCUUUGGAUUGGGAAGAUAAACUUCCGGCACAUUUUUUGCUUAGAAGCGCGGCAUCUACAGAUUUUGGACCUCAUUGUAAUGCUUAUACAAUUAAUG